AUGAACAACUCUAUCCUCCUGGAAGAACAGCUCAUCAAGAAAUCCCAACAAAAGAGAAGAACUUCUCCCUCAAACUUUAAAGUCCGCUUCUUUGUUUUGACCAAAACCAACCUGGCAUACUUUGAGGACCGGCACGGGAAAAAGCGCACCCUGAAGGGCUCCAUUGAACUCUCCCGGAUCAAAUGUGUCGAGAUUGUGAAAAGUGACAUUAUCAUCCCAUGCCACUAUAAAUACCCAUUCCAGGUCGUGCAUGAUAAUUACCUCCUGUAUGUGUUUGCCCCAGACCGAGAGAGCCGGCAGCGCUGGGUCCUGGCCCUUAAAGAAGAAACAAGAAACAACAACAGUUUGGUGUCCAAGUAUCACCCUAAUUUCUGGAUCGAUGGGAGAUGGAGGUGCUGUGCUCAGCUGGAGAAGCUGGCCGUCGGCUGUGCCGAGUACGACCCGUCCAAGAACUCUUCAAAGAAGCCUCUUCCUCCUACUCCUGAAGACAACAGGCGGUCACUUCCGGAACCCGAUGAAACUUUGGUCAUUGCCUUGUAUGACUACCAAACAAACGACCCCCAGGAGCUCACCCUUCGCUGCAGUGAAGAAUAUUACCUGUUGGACAGUUCUGAGAUCCACUGGUGGAAAGUCCAGGACCGAAAUGGGCAUGAAGGAUAUGUACCAAGCAGUUACCUGGUGGAAAAAUCUCCAAAUAACCUGGAAACCUAUGAGUGGUACAACAAGAGCAUCAGCCGGGACAAAGCUGAAAAGCUUCUGCUGGACACAGGCAAAGAAGGAGCCUUCAUGGUACGAGAUUCCAGGACUCCGGGAACAUACACCGUGUCUGUUUUCACCAAGGCCAUUGUCAGUGAGAACAACCCCUGCAUAAAGCAUUAUCAUAUCAAAGAAACCAAUGACAACCCCAAGAGAUACUACGUGGCUGAAAAGUAUGUGUUCGAUUCCAUCCCUCUCCUCAUCAAUUACCACCAACACAACGGAGGCGGACUGGUCACUCGACUGCGGUACCCGGUUUGUUCCUGGAGGCAGAAAGCCCCGGUCACAGCAGGGCUGAGAUAUGGGAAGUGGGUGCUCAAUCCCUCAGAGCUCACAUUUGUGCAGGAGAUUGGCAGCGGGCAGUUUGGGUUGGUGCAUCUCGGCUACUGGCUCAACAAGGACAAGGUGGCUAUCAAAACCAUUCAGGAAGGAGCCAUGUCAGAAGAAGACUUCAUAGAGGAGGCCGAAGUCAUGAUGAAACUGUCUCACCCCAAGCUGGUCCAGCUCUAUGGGGUGUGCCUGGAGCAGGCCCCCAUCUGCCUGGUGUUUGAGUUCAUGGAGCACGGCUGCCUGUCAGAUUACCUGCGCAAUCAGCGAGGGGCCUUUGCAGCAGAGACCCUACUAGGCAUGUGCUUGGAUGUGUGUGAAGGCAUGGCCUACCUGGAAGAUGCAUGUGUCAUCCACAGAGACCUGGCUGCCCGAAACUGCCUGGUGGGAGAAAACCAAGUCAUCAAAGUGUCUGACUUUGGGAUGACAAGGUUUGUCCUCGAUGAUCAGUACACCAGCUCCACAGGCACCAAGUUCCCAGUGAAGUGGGCCUCCCCAGAGGUGUUCUCCUUCAGCCGCUACAGCAGCAAGUCUGAUGUGUGGUCAUUUGGCGUGCUGAUGUGGGAAGUCUUCAGUGAAGGCAAAAUCCCAUAUGAAAACCGAAGCAACGCUGAGGUGGUGGAAGACAUCAGUAUGGGGUUUCGGUUAUACAAGCCCCGGCUGGCCUCCUCAAGUAUCUAUCAGAUCAUGAACCACUGCUGGAAAGAGUUGUGCCAGCUACAUUUGUUGAAAAUGAACUCACAGAGCUCUUUCUUCCCUUCCAGAAACCAGAAGACCGGCCACCCUUCUCCAGCCUGUUGGGUCAACUGGCUGAAAUCGCGGAGUCAGGACUUUAGCUGUGGCUUGGUGCCAGGACUCGGCUUGCAGAUCCUGAAUGGGGGAGGGAAGUCCUCCCUCCACAGAGCAUUAACUCUUCCUCCUGCCCAGGACAGCAUGACCUGUGAUGCCCUCCCGGCGCUGCCAUGGAUGCAGUACCCUGACAGUGGCUGGCGCUGGGCCACAGGCAGGAGGGGUCUGCCACUGAGCUGGGAGCUGAGCCAGAAGAGCAGCCGCAUCCCUGCCCUCCCUUUAACCUCUCGUCACAUGGGGUGCACAAGCUUCCAUCUGAAAGCUUCAGACAGCAUCUCUUGCACUGUUCUUAGUGAAAGUGAGAGAGUGGGACAGGAUUCUGAGUUAUUAUUUGUAUCAUUAUUUUAAACAUGGGUCCCAAGUGCACA